AGGGUUUGCAGAGAACACAAUUACUCAUCAAUUUUCCUUAUGGAUGCCAAACGCCAAAAGUAUCUAUGGUCAGUGAAUCGAACAAAACAAAUUAUGAUUAAAGAUGAGACUCAAUGGGGUGGUUGGUUACUUAAAUCAAAUAGUUUUACACUAAUGGUUGAUCCAAAAGAUACAAUAGGUGCAGUUAAAGCUUACAUUCAAGAGGAAAAAGGGAUUUCUUUUAAGAAACAAAAGCUGCUGCUUGGAGGAGGCGAUGUUGUGUGUGAUGAGCAAACUCUUGAUUCUUUAGGAAUCAAGAAAGAUUCUACUUUGAUCCUGCGAUAUGCACCGAUAACGGUAAUGGAAGAAAUAUCUGGUGUGAAAAUGCUUAUGUUGUCCUUUAUUGUCAAAGAUCCAUGGUCACUAAGUCGAACAAUGGAAAUCGUUAUCCAUGAUGACAUUUACAAAGACGUGAUUAAAUUCCGGUCAGUAUCAAAAUCCAAGUUAUCGAAAUUUGGACUUGAGGAGGACACUAUUAAAGAUUGUCGCAAUUCUUAUACCCUAAUGGUUGAUCCAUAUGAUACUGUAGCUGCGGUUAAAGCUUACAUUCAAGAGCAAACGGGAUUUUCUUUUAACAAACAGAAGCUGCUUCUCAACAACGACCAGGGUGGUCGUUGUGCAGUUUUAAGAAACGACCAAACUCUUGUUUCACUAGGAAUAAGGAAAGGUUCUAGCUUAAUCCUUAGAUUUGGACUGGUAUACAAAAUCUCUUUCACUCAUACCCGUACCGGUUGUAUUUUUAAUAUUAGGGUUAAGCCUGGUGACACAGUUGCAGAUGUCAAAGCCUCUGCUCAAAAAAAGACCGGGGAGCCAUUACCCAUAAGCUGCCGUGGACAAAUAUUACCCGACGAUCACCCUAUGUUUGGCCUUGAGAUGUAGUACUAGUAUUACAUUGUGACUGUUGCUACUUCUUUCAUAU